AUAUAUUGGCUUAUCUUGAGGCAAGCAGUUUUAACGAAUACAUUUAAUAACAUACUACUUUGUAAUUCCUUUUCAGAUGAAAAGUUUGAACCAAGCAAAUCACGGUGUUUUGUGUCAAAAGAGCCAUUCUUGUCAUCAAUAAAUGUACAGAAGAAUGGAAGUGAGGCACCUAUUUAUAGCUAUAACUCUCUGGUGCAUCGGACUUGAUGUCAAAUUACUCAUAUAUAAACCAAACGUAGAAAAUACUAAGCAUCUUACGUUAGCAGUAAGGAAAAUUAUAGAGAUGAAAUCUAAAGUGAACUAUCGUGUUAUAGAGGAGAGAAACUUGCAAAGGCUUGAACAUUUAAAAACAUCUUGCCAGAGAUUAGGUUACUUAGGGGAUUAUUCUAAUGGAUUACUGUCAUCAGUCAUCUCAAGUAUCAGAGCACAUAUAUCACCCAACCUAAACGUUAUGUUUUGUCGUGUCAAUAAAUGUGGCUCUACUUUAGCGUUAGAAGUGAUGAACCGCGUGUUCAACUGUGAUACAGACUGCCUCGUUGACAUGGCAAGGAAUGUCAAAAGCACUAAAGAACUAGCGAGAAAAGUAUUCGAAAAUGUAUUUUCAUUUCUAAUCGUUCGUGAGCCGUAUGGAAGAUUAUUUUCAUCGUACGGAAAUUUGUUUUACUUACCGAAAGAAGAUUGGCUGUCAAGGGCUGUUAAAAUAAUCAAACAGGUUAGGAAAAAUCCUACAAAAGAGUCCCUAGAGUUCGGCCAUGAUAUGACUUUUUUCGAACUUAUAAGAUAUAUAGUUCAUAAUUAUGAAAAUGGAACUUAUAUUGAUCCGCAUGUACGUCCAAUGCAUCACGCAUCAUGUAACCCAUGUGCAUACCGAUUUAGUUUUCUAGCUAAGAUAGAAACGUUAACAUCAGAUUUAGAAUAUUUGCUAAAUGACUGGUAUACAAAGCAUAUUAUUGAUAAAUACCCAUCGUCCUUAAUCAAUGAUGUCAAAGAAUGGACCACGUGGGGACCUUUGAAGCAUUUUUACACGACACUUAAUCUGACAGUGAAUUCUAGUAUUCCCGUGCAAACUAUGUACACUAGAACUUGGACUUACUAUCAAAUGAAAGGGCUUGUGUCUAAAAAGAUUGACAUUCCAUUUAGACAGUCGGAACUUUGGUACGUAGAUUUCAAUAUCUUUCGCAGAGUUUUGAGAAACGCGAUACAGCUAUCCCAAGCAGACAAAAAAGGAGUUGAAAACCAGAGAAGAGAAGCUAUGCUACAGGCGUAUUCAACUGUUCCCAUGGAAUAUAUGGAAAGGCUGGUACACGUUUUGCGAGAUGACUGCAUUUUGUUUGGAUACGACGAAAGACCGGCUUCUCUUUUUGACAGAUCAAAACAAGAUCAUGUAGAUUUUGACUAUUUUAAAGGAAUACAGCAAGAAAAACGUGAAACAUAGGACCAGAAAAGGUCAUCAUGAUAGGUUUUACAUAGUAUGAGCCUCAAAAAUGAAGAAUUGCGGAGCAAUGUAAUAAUCAAUACGUUUCAUAACAGAGUAAAUACCAUGAUGUUAGUCAUAAUUAUGUAUUAUAUAUUCAUAAAAGGUCAAUAUUAUCCAAAAAAGGAAGACCCGUGCAAAAGGACAUAAAAAUACGUGAAUGUCAAAGUUUGUCUCUGUUAGUCACAUAUAACGUGCAUUAUAUAAAAUAAAAAAAACGUGACCAUCUUAAUUAGUUUUAUAAUACUGAUCUUGAAAUAGCUAAUAUGCCACCACUGAAGGGCGCCUAUCUGAGAACAAAGAAACUGCUUUAGCAUCGGUUUGACAGACGGUAGUGGUUGAACCGAAAAUCUUUUUUGUCUUCGCAUCUAUGAAUACUUCCAGACAUACAUGAUUCAGUAUUUUGGCAGUAUGAUCCUUAUAUGUGCAUCAUGUAUAUAGAUUCAAGAUAUACGUUAGAAAACUUUAUUGCAUGUAAGAAGGGAAUGAAAGAUUUACAAAUUUUAUACAUUUUCCUGCCAAUUUCAACAUUCAAGUGACAUGCUUCUAAGGUACCUUAACUAUCCAAUUGAAAAAUUAUACAAUGCAGUCAAUAGUAUCAUUUAUAAUUUGUAACCAAAUCUGCAUUUGUCUGAAAAAUGUGGCAUAUUAUUUAAGAUAAUUAACAAAAUACUGAGUAAUGGGAGAUCACUCGACAAUUUUAAAUAUGUAACGAACAUUGCAGACUAGGUUUGGUUAGUUCUGUUCAUGAGAGGAAAAAACAAAUCUUUUGCCCAGAGGACUGGCGGCAGAAGUACAGUAAUGAAAUAAAGUCAAUUUUCUCCAUUUCAUUUUUAUUGUGUUACAUAAAUAAAAUGUGUAUGCUAUCGUAUAAAUAGUAUAUCCAUAUAUGUUUGUAUUAUUCUUGUGUUUACGUUAAAAUAGCUGUUAAUUGUUGAAUAUAUUAUUUGUUUUGUUGUUAGUAAUUAAAACAUUAUCAAUUCUAUCAUACGAGUGUUGAUAUAUUUGUGUGUAUAAUUUAAGUGCAUUUUUCCC